GUAAUGGGAGCUACUUGUUGCUCAGGAACGCCAUAAACUUAGGAGAUUAAUUUCACAGCUCCUGCUAAAUACGAUGCCACUGUUGAAGGAAAUGAUCAUGUGGAAAUAGCCAAGCCAACAGAAGCAAAAAAUGAAUAUUAAGAGAAAGAACCAAUAAAACAAGAAGAAUCCUAACCAGUUUAGGUUGAUGACUUUCAAUAAAGUGCAAAUCCUCCAGAUGAUGUAUAACAAUUCAGUAUAUUAAGGCUUUAAGAGAAAAAUAAAGGUAACAGAUUUCGACGCACGGUCCAAACCCUGAAGAUGCUAAACCAUAUGAUAAAGAUCCUUUUAUUGAAAAUGAAUAGGUUCGUAAAACACUUGAAAAACUUGGAAAUUACCAUUAUGAUGAGACAUCCUUAUCAAAUUUUCAUGAUUGUAUUGAGUUAGGACCCUAUGUAAAUAAUUAGAUGAUAACUCUAGCAAUUUGAGAAUGGAGCUAUAUAUGUUGGUUAAUGGAAAAAUCACUAAAGAUGGGGCAAAGGUAAAUAGUAUUGGCCAGAUGGAUCAGUUUAUGAAGGAUUUUGGAGUUCUCAUACAGCAAAUGGAAAGGGAAGAUUAAUUCAUGCAGAUGGAGAUGCUUAUGUAAAUACAUGAGUAAUUUUUAGGAUGGAGAUUGGGUUGAUGAUAGAGCAUAGGGAUAAGGAACUUAUUAUCAUGUUGAUGGUGCCAAAUACGAAGGAGAUUGGUUGGAAGAUUAAUAACAUGGAAAAGGAACUGAAAUAUGGCCAGAUGGUGCUUAAUAUAUUGGAAGCUAUGUUAAUGGAAAGAAGGAUGGGAAGGGUAAAUUUAAAUGGAGUGAUGGAGCAACUUAUGAAGGUGACUUUCGAGAUAACAAUAUUGAAGGUAAUAACUCUAUUUAUUAUCAAAUAAAAAGGUUUUGGUGAAUAUGUUUGGGCUGAUGGCAGAAAAUAUAAAGGAUAAUGGUUAAACAAUAAAAUGCAUGGUAAAGGAGACUUUAACUGGCCAGAUGGGAAAUAAUAUAGUGGUAAUAGAUAUUUCUAUUUUUAAAGGGGAUUAUGUUGAAGAUAAAAAGGAAGGCUAUGGAAUCUUUAAAUGGUCUGAUGGCAAACAAUAUAAAGGAUAUUGGAAGGAUGGAAAAUAACAUGGAAGAGGAAUUUUGGUUGAUAGAGAAGCCAGAGAAGUUGAAGCUGAAUGGGUAGAAGGAAGAAGAGUCAGAUAAGAUAAUUGAAA